AUGAUCAAGUUAGUAACGGCAUUGCUUGUCGUUGUGGCGCACGCUAGCGCAUUGGAUUAUGAUCAAAGUAAGCUUUAAUACAGCGUGAUAUAAAGCUCAAGCUUAUCCUUAACCUAGUUUUAUUUUAACCAUACCUUGGCCCUGCCAUAUCUCUACCCUAGCUUUACUGUAGCCUUACCUUAGCCCUGCGCUAGCCCCGUACUAGCCCUACCUUAGGCUUAGCUUUGCUCGACCUUAGAUAUUUGUUAUCCUAGUCGUAUCUUUGCCAACGUUGUAGCUGUAUUUAGCCUUACGCUGGCCCUACUUUACUCCCACCUUAGCUUUAUCUUAGCCUUACUUUGAAACUACCCUAGCCCUACCGUAGCACUAUCUUAGCUGUACCCUAAAGCCUUACUCCUGCUCUAGUCUAACCUUGACUUUAAAUUAGUGUUAUCUAGCUUUGCUCUUUACCUUAGCCUUAGUCAAGCCUUAUGCUUUUUCUCCCUAUCUCUACUCUAUCAUACACUUUUGCUUUUCUUGAGUUUUGUUUCAGCUCUACUGAGCUAUUGAGUUUGCUAGAUUUCGUCAAGUUAAAAUUAAAUUUUAAAAUUAUUUUAAAAUGUUUAUAACGUUUGAGGUAAUUUAGACGGUGGCAAAGUCAGUUUGACGAUUGGAGAAGCUGCUAAAAUCGACUUAAAAUUUCAAUUGUCCGUACGCACUAGUUCUCUUAUUGUAUUUGGCCCAGAGUGCAAAGAUGUUGGAAGUUGCACUAGAAAUGGACAUCCUUUCUAUGAUGCUGCGUAAGUUGCUGUAACACAGUUAUUGCUUUUCACACGUCUUAUGGCAAAAAUUGUUUAAUUUUUAAUUAAAAAAAUAUAUUACGAAUAAAAAAAAGCUCAUCAAUUAUAUUUAUCAAUAUAAUUUAGUAAGGACAAGCAUACUUUAACAGACGGUAAAGAUCAAUUAGACAUUUACAAAACAAAGACGGCCACCAAUGUCACAGUUAAUGUAAGUUUCAACUGGUAUAUUUGAACGGAUUAAUACAACUGCUUUAUUAAAAGAAGCAAAAUCUUUUUAACUUUGCCGUGUCAUUAUGUUUAUAUUAUAAUAGCACUAUGUUAAACUAUAAAAUAUCAAAUUUUACUUUAGAUUGGUGACAAAACAGUUCUACAUGACGUUAGCGUUAUAUUUGCGCCUGUUGAAGAAAAGACUAAAAACGAUACCUAUCUAUAUGACGCUCUUCUUGGUCUAGAAACAGGCAGUGGCUCGGCUUUUGAUAAACUUGUUUCUAGUUAUGACAAUAAACAUCUUCUUAUCGUGCCAAAAGACCAAGAUGUAAGUUUUUUUAAUUGUUUUAACGUUUCAAAUUACUUACAGUAAACUGAAAAAUAAUUAAAAUAUUCACUGUUGUAGGACAAAGACAGCAAGCCUCAAGCCUUGUUAGGCAGUGAGCCAAAAAAAGCUUGUGGCGAAUUCACACUAGUCGAUUCUACGACCAAUUUUUAG